AUGAGUAGGCUGAACAUCGCCAAAAUCAACAAUGUUGAUAUUCAAAAAAUCAAUUCCGGACAAGUAAUUAUAGAUCUUCAAACUGCUGUCAAAGAAUUGGUUGAAAAUUCUUUGGAUGCUAAUUCAACCUCAAUUGAAAUAUUAUUCAAAAAUUAUGGAAUCGAUUCUAUUGAGGUAAUUGAUAAUGGUGAUGGGAUUGAUCGAUUAGAUUUCAAAAAUAUUGCUUUGAAUAGCUAUACUUCCAAGCUAUCUUCAUUUGAUGAUUUAGAUAUUUUAAACUCCUUUGGAUUUAGAGGUGAGGCAAUUCAUUCAUUAGUUUCCACAUCAAAAUCAUUUCAAAUAACAACUGCGACAAAGGAAACUUAUCCUAAAGCAUCAAUUUUAAACUUUGGUUCAAAUGGACUUUUGAUAUCAAUUAAACCAACAACCAGAAAUGUUGGCACAUCCUCUUUAAUCACAAACCUAUUUGAAAAUUUACCAGUUAGAAGAAAAAAUUUUAUCAAAAAUCAUAAAAGAGAAUUUAAUAAAGCAAUUGAAUUAUUAACAAAUUAUUGCUUGAUAACAGAAAAUGUUAGGCUUAAAAUAUUUAAUAUUUUACCUAAAAGAAAUAACAAAAAUUUAAUCAUAGCAACAAAGGGCUUAAAUAACAAACUAAAAGACAACAUCUAUUCGGUUUUUGGUUCUAAAAUCUUUAAUUUUAAAUCUUUAAUUGAAAUUGAUUUUUCUUUAAACUUGUUUUCAACCUCAAAAGUAAAAUUAGUUGGUUAUCUUUCUAAUCCUUCACCAAAAAUGGGUGUUAAAUCUCCCUCCCACCAAUACAUAUUUGUUAAUUCUAGACCAGUAAUCUUAAAGAAUUUGAAAGAUUUGCUUAAUAAUCUUUAUAAAAGUUUUAAUUUAUUGCAGUAUCCUGUUUUUUUCUUAAACUUAAAAAUUAAUCUGAACAUGAUCGAUAUCAAUGUUACCCCUGAUAAAAGAACUAUCUUAAUUCAAAAUGAAACUGAAAUACUAAAUCUUAUCAAAUCUAAAAUUUUAGAUCUUUAUCAUAACUCUGACGCUGAAAUUUCAAAAAACAAUUUUAAAUCAAGCCCUUUUACUAAUGAUAAAAUAGACUGUGAUCUUGAACCCAAGGAUAUAGAAGAAAACUGCAAAUCUUUGGAUUCUAAUACAGAUAAUGACAUAAAGACAUUAAUAGAAGACAACAAUACAUCUUGUAUGUUUGAAAGGCCCACAAAAAGAUUGAAAAAUAACAAUUUAUCAAAUUAUACUACUUCUAUUUUAAAAUCAUUUACAAAUGAUUUAUCUGGAGAUUCAUUUUCUGAAAAAAAUGCAUUUCAGCAUUAUAUUAAUAAUAAUAUUGACAAUGAUUCCAAAAUAAAAGAAAACAGUUUUGAUAUUCAGAAAAAACAUAACGACUAUCAUGAAUGUAAUAAAACAGUAAAUCCUUCUCUGCAAGAAUUGAAUAACGGUUUAGAGGUUACUAUUUUUGAAGGUUUUGGUGACAAAUCAAAUAAUAAUGAAAAUAGUACAGAAGUUUCAAAUAGUAUAAAUGCUAUAACUAACGAAAGCAAGAAUGUUUUUAAUAUUGCUUCAAAUAAUAAUUUUAAUGAUUUUAGUUCUCAAAGUGAUUCUGUUUUUUGUCAAUUAAAUAUUAAUAAAAGUCAUCUGGGCUUAAUCAAUAAGAGUGAUGCUAAUAAAAUAGUUGCCGAUAUAAAUAAUGAUGACAAGGGUAUUAAAAAAAUUAAAGGCGAUAAUAAAAGCAAAGAAAUUUUAAAUAGAAAUGACCAGUUGAGUAAAACUUUCUUUAAUCAGAAAAAACUGAAAAAUCGUGAAUCUCAAAAUCAACUAAUAGUCACAAAUGCUUUUCGAAUGGGCGAAAUUACUCAAGAGUUUAAUGAGCAAGAAACAACUGAAGAGCAGUUAACAUUAAAAGUUAAUAAAAAAGAUUUUCUGGAAAUGAAAAUUGUGGGACAAUUUAAUCUUGGAUUUAUUCUUGCAACCUCUAAGCACGAGAAUUUAUUUAUAAUUGAUCAACAUGCUUCAGAUGAAAAAUUUAAUUUUGAACAAUUAAGAAAAAAUACAAAAUUUCAAAGACAAAGGUUAAUCAGUCCUAUUAAUGUUGAAUUGGCAAUAAUAGAUGAAAUGAUUGUUAAAGAUAAUAUUGAAAUGAUCGAAAAAAAUGGAUUUAAAAUUAGGGUCAAUGAGAAUAAUAAAGCAGGAUUCAAAAUUGAAUUGAUUUCGAUACCAAUAUCUAAGAAGACAGUAUUUGAUUUAAGUGAUUUUAUUGAAUUAGUAUAUAAAAUUAAGGAGAAUCAAAGUGGUGGAUAUAAGAUUAAUAAUGAAGUGAGUUGCUCUAAAAUAUAUUCGAUGUUUGCUUCAAGAGCAUGUAGAAUGAGUAUAAUGAUUGGUAAACCAUUGAAUAUUUCAAAAAUGAAAAAGGUUGUCAGUAAUUUAAGUCAAUUAGACAAACCUUGGAACUGUCCUCAUGGAAGGCCAACAAUGAGACAUUUGAUGGAGUUAACAAAAAUUGAAACAUUUAUCGAAGACUAUACAAUUUAG